AUGCGCCUGAUCAACACCAAGACGCUCAAGCUAGAGGAAUUCUCAGAAGGCAGCAUUCCUCCGUAUGCGAUCCUUUCGCAUACUUGGGGAAACGAUGCAGAAGAGCUCUCGUUUCGUGAAGUCGAAAAUGGGAUAAUUGAUAAACCAGGCGUUGUUGUCCGAAAUGGGACGACGGACAAGCUAGCAGUUGGAUCGACCAAGCUCCGAGGAUGUUGUCAACAAGCCGUGGAAGACGGCCUUGGAUAUGCCUGGAUCGACACCUGCUGCAUUGACAAAACCAACUUAGUGGAGCUCAGCGAGGCCAUCAACUCCAUGUUCCGAUGGUACAACCGCGCGACUGUCUGCUAUGCCUACUUGUCUGACGUCCCCAACGGCGAUGACCCCCCGAAGCCCGAGUCGAAAUUCCGAUCAAGCCGUUGGUUCCAGAGAGGAUGGACUUUGCAAGAGCUUCUUGCGCCAAAGCACUUGCGGUUCUAUAAUGUAAAAUGGCGGUACAUAGGCACCAAGGGAACUAUAAGCAAUGUGAUUAAAGACAUUACUCAUGUGCCCCGGCAAUUCCUGUUGGGUAUUUCCAGGCUGCACACUGCAAGCGUUGCGCAGCGCAUGUCAUGGGCCGCAGGAAGAGAAACAAAAAGGGCAGAAGACCUCGCAUAUUGUCUACUGGGUAUAUUUGGUAUAUCAAUGCCAAUGAUCUACGGAGAGGGUGGUGAGCAGGCCUUCUUCCGGCUACAGGAACAGAUUAUGAAGACGACGAGAGAUGAUUCUAUCCUCGCCUGGGACCUUGACGACAAAUUCUACGCGUCUCAUCCCCGAGACCGAGACGGAGGCGUACUGGCACCUGAUCCGUCGCAUUUUGCAAAUUCUGGCCAGAUCAUCGCUCGGCAGCACGCUGACAAUCCGCUUCACUCGCUCGACAUGGUUGGCGGUAGCCUUCGUAUUCAUCUGCCGCUGCUUACGACAGCCUCUGGUCAGAUAUUUGGAUUGCUAAACUGCGGACCUGCUCUGAAUCCUCACAAAAUCGUCAGUAUUCCUCUUGCAAGAGCAACACCGGUUGCAUCUAAUGAAUAUGUCCGGCCCAGGAGAGUGCCUUCAGUGCUGCGGACGGUGGCCGCGUCGCGUCCUCCACCCGAGCUUGUCCACAUCAAGAAAGAUGGCCAGAACGAUGCAUUCAUAAAGACUAAUAAAAAGCAUUGGCUUUAUGAAGAGGAUUUGUUUGCUCAAAUCGACCUGACCUUGGUUGACGUAGAGCCUACAUCUUGCUGGGAUACGCAAACAAACUUGAUUUCUCCGCUAAAUUCCGAUGACUCUUCAAGUCUCAUCUUCCUGCGAUUCCGCCAUGCUAAAGCUGGAUCUCAAGAUUUUGUCACAAUACUGGAAAGGUCGCAGUUGGAACUUGACACCGAUCCUCAGCUCGCCACUGUGAUAUGCAGCACUGUGACAUGCAGCAGAAACUCGCCACUGCAAGAGGUGGCCGAAGAUCUUCGGCUACGACUUGCAUCUCCGGAGGCAACCGGAAAACAAAGUGCUAGGAAUGAAGUACUUCAAUUACGCAUCAAAUCGGAGCCUGCUGAAGGCGGCAUAAUAUCUAUCAAACCGGAAGCCAUUCUUUUUCAGGCUGAUGCCACCGUUCAUACAUUUGAGAAUGCAGAUCUGAUUCUGGACUUGAAACGGCUCAUCAGAGAAAGAAGAGAAAUAAUUUCGCAGAGAGAUGGGUUGAGAAUCAGAUCAGAAGCCUAUAGCGACCAUGUACGGCUAGCCGGAGAAGAGCGAGACAAGGUAGAACGACAAAUAAAGGAACUCGAGGGAAUGAAGAGGAGACUCGUCGAACAAGUAGAGGAUAGCGCUCGAGAGCUGCACUACCUUGGACAGGAACAAACAAAACUCGAGGAGAGGCAAGAUUACUUAUCCAAUCAGAUGUCACUCGCAUAUACCCAACUGGACAAACUGAAUGACGAAGAUAAAUACCAAGUUGGCUACGCGCUGUCUCAAGAGGUCGUCGGAAAUAACGAUGUCGAGGUGAUUGAGCACAUAGUUGCCACGAUCUCUGAGGCAACGGCCAUGCUGAUUGCGGCGUCGAACAAGAGAGACGUCGACACGGUUCGGCGGCUUCUUACAAUCGGAGUUGAGCCCGACGGCAAGGAUGGCCAGUUUGGUCGGACGGCGCUCAGCUGGGCGAGUGAAAACGGCUCCGAGUCCAUCGUGCGGCUGCUUCUCGACACGGGCAAGGUGGACGUCAACUCCCAGGAUAACAAUGGCCGGUCGCCCCUGCAGUGGGCCUCCGAGAAGAAGUUUGAUGAUAUUGCACGACUGCUACUGGCCAACGGCGCCAAGAUGGAUUGCCAACGGACGCUCCUUGCUCAUGAGAGAAGCGUUUAUUCAGUGGCUCUCUCGCAUGACUCAAAGCUGAUAGUCUCAGGGUCAUGGAUGGCCAUUAAGAUAUGGGAUACUGCCACAGGCGAAUGCUGCCAGACGAUGCAAGGCCAUAAAAGAGGCGUGAAUUCUGUGGCCUUCUCUCAUGAUUCAAAGCUUAUAGCAUCAGGAUCGGAUGAUUGUACCAUCAAGGUCUGGGAUGCUGCAACAGGCCAAUGCUACCAAACGCUGAAGGGACAUGCGAUGCAAAUUAAUUCAGUGGCUUUCUCUCACGAUUCAAAUCUCAUUGUAUCAGGGUCAGACGACGACACCAUGAUGCUCUGGGACAGCGCUACAGGCCAACGUUUACACGUAUUAUAUGAUCAGUAUAGGGAUCACUUCUCGUCAGUUGCCUUCUCUCAUAAUUCAAAAUACAUAGUUUCCGGAUAUGAUAGCGGGCGUGCCAUACUCUGGGAUAGCAUCACCGGAGAAGUCGUACAGACACUCGAGGCCCACCACGACUACAUCGAGUCAGUUGCCUUUUCCCAUGACUCAAAAUUCAUCAUCUCCGGGUCCAAUGAUAAAACCAUCAAAAUCUGGGACAGUACGACUGGGAAGUGCCAACAAACACUGCAUGGCCACUUGAAUUGCGUUAACGCAGUUGUCUUCUCGCACGACUCGAAAUUUAUAGCAUCAGGAUCACAAGAUGGAACCAUCAAGCUCUGGGAUAGCGUGACAGGGAAAUGCCAACAGACACUAGACAACUGCGAAGCCCGCAUUUACUCGAUCGCAUUCUCACACGAUUCAAAAAUUUUAGUAUCGGGAUCGGAGGGUGGGAUCAUCAAGAUCUGGGACACUUCGAUAUGGUUCAGCCAUCGUGUCGGGAAUCAAGAAGACGGGAAAUGCCCUGAACUCACAACCAGGAGAGAGGGAAAAGAAACCAAAAAACAUGGGUAUUGUUUCCAAACAUCCACGAAACCAGACGUGUCCGUCUCUGUACAACUGACAACGAGAAACUAG